CCAUUCGCCGCUCGCCUUUCUCGCACCUCCUGAAGACCACAGAAGUAUCAACGAAACCCAAUUACAUAGCGGCUAACUUAUACUGGGAAGGCGCAGUUGAUAUGGCGGAGAAACUAGCUCUCCCGCUACUUCUACCCAACCCGCCACCGUCAAAACCUUCUUUUGUAAACCAUAACCACAACCAACAGCAACCCACGAUGCCUCUCCACCCUCCUCCUGUAUCGCCGCUCAUCCAAGACAUCCUUUACCACCAAAAUUCCAAUUCCCAACUUCCCGUCAGUCCUCAACCCAGGGCACGAGCCCGCAUCGGCCGGUCGCAUGACCCGAAUCGCGGUAAGCCAUGGUCUCACCGCACGGGUCUCUCUUCUAGAGGUCAGCAGAUUCUCGUCUCCUUAAUUGAGCCUUCUUUUGAUUGCAAUCAGCUUGAUAGUAUUUUUUCUGAGUUAUUUGAGCAAUACCAAGAUGACCCAGAGGCAAAAAUGAAUACUUUAGCUGUAGAGAUACUGGGUAUUAUCAAGGGUUUAGGGUUUUACAAGAAAUGUGAUUUGGCUCUGAGUGUGUUUGAGUGGGUUAGGAAUAGAAAAGAUUUUGCGUCUGUUGUCAAUGGUUCUGUUAUUGCUGUGAUUAUUAGGAUGCUAGGAAGAGAGAAGCGAGUCACGGCUGCUGCAAAUUUGCUGUAUAGUUUGCAUAGAGAUGGAUUUGAUAUUGAUGUUUAUGCGUAUACUUCUUUGAUAACUGCUUAUGCUAGUAAUGGGAGGUAUAGGGAGGCUAUGAUGGUCUUUAAGAAGAUGGAGGAAGAGGGGUGCAAACCUACAUUGAUAACUUAUAAUAUCGUUUUGAAUGUUUAUGGGAAAAUGGGUAUGCCUUGGAAUAGGACAAUGGCUCUUGUUGAUGCAAUGAAGAAUGAAGGGGUUGUCCCUGAUGCUUACACUUAUAAUACACAGAUAAGUUGUUGUAGCAGAGGGUCCUUGCAUGAAGAAGCAGCUGGGGUUUUUGAGGAAAUGAAAUCGGCAGGUUUCAGUCCAGAUAAGGUUACUUAUAAUGCAUUGUUGCAUGUUUAUGGGAAGUCUCGGCGACCUGACAGAGCCAUGAAGGUUUUGAAUGAGAUGGAGCUUAAUGGUUUUCCCCCUAGCAUUGUGACUUACAAUUCAUUAAUAUCAGCUUAUGCUAGAGAUGGUCUGUUGGAAGAAGCAAUGGAUUUAAAAACCCAGAUGGUGGAGAAAGGGAUCAGUCCUGAUGUCUUCACCUAUACAACUCUUUUUUCAGGACUCGAGAAAUCUGGGAAGGACGAGCCUGCAAUGAAGGUUUUUGAGGAGAUGAGAAAGGCUGGUUGCAAGCCAAAUAUUUGUACCUUUAAUGCCCUAAUUAAGAUGCAUGGUAAUAGGGGAAAGUUUACAGAGAUGAUGAAGGUUUUUGAUGAGAUCACAGCAUGCAAUUGUUCCCCAGACAUUGUUACCUGGAAUACUCUUUUGUCAGUAUUUGGUCAAAAUGGGAUGGACUCAGAAGUCUCUGGAGUGUUCAGGGAGAUGAAGAGGGCGGGGUUUGUACCUGAAAGGGACACUUUCAACACCCUAAUCAGUGCAUACAGCCGAUGUGGUUCGUUUGAUCAGGCCAUGGUGGUUUACCAGAGAAUGCUAGAAGCUGAGGUUACCCCAGACAUCUCUACAUACAAUGCUGUUUUGGCAGCACUUGCUCGUGGAGGGCUCUGGGAACAGUCAGAGAAAAUACUUGCUGAAAUGAAGGCAUGUCAGUGUAAACCAAAUGAGCUAACAUAUUGUUCUUUGCUUCAUGCUUAUGCCAACGGGAAGCAAAUUGAACGGAUGCACUCUCUUGCAGAAGAGAUAUAUUCUGGCAUGAUUGAGCCUCAUGCUGUGCUCUUGAAGACUCUUGUUUUAGUUAAUAGCAAAAGUGACCUUCUUAUGGAAACAGAGCAUGCUUUCUUGGAGUUGAGGAAAAAGGGAUUUUCACCUGACUUACCUACCCUGAAUGCCAUGGUUUCCAUAUAUGGGAAGAGGCAGAUGAUUGCCAAGACAAACGAGAUCUUGAACUUCAUGAAUGAGAGUGGGUAUACUCCAAGCUUGACAACCUACAAUACCUUGAUGUACAUGCAAAGCCGCUCUGAAAGUUUUGAAAAAUCUGAAGAAAUUUUAAGGGAAAUUUUGGCAAAAGGAAUAAAACCUGAUACUAUUUCUUAUAAUACUGUUAUAUAUGCCUAUUGCAGAAAUGGUCGAAUGAAAGAAGCUUCACGGGUAUUGUCAGAAAUGAGGGAUUCUGGGCUUGUCCCAGAUGUUAUUACUUAUAAUACCUUCAUUGCAAGUUAUGCAGCUGAUUCGAUGUUUGCAGAGGCUGUUGAUGUGGUCCGUUACAUGAUUAAGCAUGGCUGUAGACCAAAUCAGUACACAUAUAACUCCAUUGUGGAUGGAUGCUGUAAACUCAAUCGCCAUGAGGAGGCAAGGACGUUUGUCAAUAAUCUUCAAAAGCUUGAUCCACAUACUUCGAAGGAAGAGGAGUAUAGAUUGUUAAACCGUAUAGCAGAUAAAUGGCCAUAGGCAACCUCCUUCCACAAAGAACCUUUCUGUGCUGUGUUGUAUAUUGUUUUGGCAUGGAGAGAGCAGAAAUGCAAUGUUGUACAUGAAUCUGAUAUUUGUUCCUUGAGAUAGAUCUUCCAAUUUAAA